CUGAGGACUGGAGUGGCCCAGUCUGAACCAGGCACUAUCCAGCCCAUGUCUGUCUGUGUCCUGGUGGUGGUGAUGCAGGAGAAUGGCUCCAGCCCACCCAUUCCUGUUUCUCUGUCUGCAUUUGCCUGUGCCUGGCCUUGGCUGCUGCUGCCUGUUCCUGGGACUGAGUCUGGCACCGCGAGACUGGGUGUACUUCUCUUUCAGCCAGCACAGCCACCCUGCCAGAGGCAGACUUAGUGCAGGGAAUGAAGGGGAGAAAUGCAGAAGGACAGACCAGUGUUAAAAUUAUCACUCCAACACGACUGUGGUAACUCCUUGAUGGCCUUGUGUUACAUCCACUAGAAGUUGUGGGUGUCUUUUUCCAUGGAGAUCAGCUGCAGAUGUUGUGCCUGAAUAUCUGAGAAGCUGAAAAUGUAAAUAGAAAUUUAUGUUUAGGAUACAUAUAUAUUUAACACAAAUAUAUUUUUAAAACCCUGUUAUGAACAGCCUGAUUGAGGAGUGAAGAUCUUACAGAUCAGCUUUGUGGAGUAUGCUUCAGGAAUUACAAAAAGGUUUUCUUGAUUGGAGUAGAAGUAUUAUAGAACUGUACAAACUAUAAAUAACUGUGGCAGCCUCAGCAACCUCUGACUUGAUCUACAGGCAGCUCUUUGGCUCAAGAGCAGAAGAGAAAUCAGUACUUGCCCAGCCAACAUUUGUUUUUGAAAAGAAAGACCGUUCUUUGAAGCGGCCUGCAGAAGACCCAGUUUGCAAAGCUGAAAAUGGUAAUCACCACCUCACUGAAACAGCAUAAUAUAACGGAGUUAUUCAUAGAUUUCAUUAGUUGUUCCAGAAAACGUGCAAGAUCAUCAUCUUUGACCUUCCAGAAGUCUGACUCUCAGUCUAACACGGAUACAGCUCUCACACAGCAAAGAGGGAGAUCAUCUUCAUUUAACAUCCUUCCUACUUUCCCUCCCUCCCAGACAGUAAAGAAGAAUAACAUAUUCAUGACCUCAGCUCUUCUUCAAAGAAAUCCUGACAUCAUCAAAAGUACAAGACAAGGAUCCUUGUCACCAAGUCAAUUGUGGAAUGUCAUUAGACCUGCCAUUUUACAGCCCCCACAAGCCCUGACCUGUCCUGAAAUUCCUGUAGUAUCUCUAAUGACUAAGAAAGAAGCAUGUGUUCAGCUAUCUGAAGACAGCUCUUAUUCAUCCACUGAGAAUUCAGUGAAUUCCAAAACAGCAGUGGGGUCAUCUAUUACCAUGAGUCUUUCCAGCUCUCAAAAAACACAAAGUCAGUUGCUCAAAGAAAGAAGUGAACAAAACAGCAGCAAUUCUGAUUUUGUGUUUGGGGAAAACAUGGUUGAAAGAGUUUUGGUUGGAUCUGCACAUGCUGGCAGGCUUUUUGUCAAGAGCCCCGAGAAGCAUCCCAAGCUGUGUAAUGAAGCUGAUUUACACAAAGGAGAAAUAACAUCCAUGUCCACAGCAUCUUCUAAUGUCAGGCCACAAACAAAAAGACCUUUGUUGAGGAAUACAACACUAAUUGAAUCAGCAGCUGCUUUUGUUUCCAAGCCAGUGGAGAAAAUCCUGUUAGAUAAAGUUGAAGUUAUAACUGGAGAAGAAGCAGAACAAAAUGUAUUGCAGAUUAACUGCAAGCUCUUUGUAUUUAAUAAGCUUUCUUUAAGCUGGACUGAAAGAGGCAGAGGAUCCCUGAGGCUUAAUGACACUUCUAGCAAUAAGCAUGGAAUGUUGCAGUCAAGGCUAAUUAUGCGAAAUCAAGGUAGCUUGAGACUGAUUCUCAACACCCAACUCUGGGAACAAAUGGUUAUAAAAAGAGCAAACAGAAAGAGCCUGUGCUUCACUGCCACAGAUCAAGAGGACCAUUCUGUUCAAGUAUUUCUAACUCAGGCAAGCUCAAAAGACACUGAACACCUGUAUGCGGCAAUACAUCAUCGCCUUGUGUCCUUGAGAAGCUUUGCUGAGCAAAAGCCAGAUGCUCAUCAAGGAGACACAGAAUCAGAAACAGCUUUUCAGCCAUUAAACUGUGAUAGUGAUGAUGAAGAUGAUGAAGAACUAACUCAAGUGAGCAGCACUGGAUCUGAUCAUUCUAGAUGGAACCGCAGGUGGUCUGUUGUCUGCUCAUGAUAUCUGCCAGAAGUUACAACAGCUCAGCUGGGAACUCAUCUUCCCAAAAUGUCUUAAGCUGACUCAUCAGCCCCUGGAGGGAGGAAAUCAGAUGCAUAUUACUUUAUUACUUUUAAGUAGAGAUUCAUUUUAGAGACAGCUUAAGUUUAAUUCAUUGAGAAAGAACUUCAGAUGCACUAUUGAGAUUCCAAGCAGCCUGCUUUGCACUGGGCUGUGAAUAACACCAUGGCUUCCAAUAGUCAAGAACGGUUAGAAAGUCUUUCAUUUUUAGAACUAAAUAUAUUUAGAUACAUUAUUAGAGUGAGGAAUUUUAUAGGGAAUAAGGACUUGUUCAUCAUAUUGAUGGAUAAUAACACUUAAGCAUGAACUAAUAAUAUAUGUAAACAGAUAUUUGUUACUUUUAAUCUAUUAUUUAAAAGAUACAUUUGGAAAGCUUUAAAUUUUGCUUCACUGAAAACAUUUAUUUAAAAUUGUGCGGUAACAUUCAGCAUCCUGUUUGUGAGUACAAGCAAGCAAAACCUGGGGUGGCAGUUUUAGCAUGACCAAGGCCUAUAGAAACUAGCCCCUAUAGAAACCCCCCCAUACAUGUGGUAAUAUUUAAUGUUUAUUUUGAAAAUGUCUGGAGUGGUAUACUUGCUGCAGAAUUUUGUUUAAGGGAAAAGAACCAUGAUCUGCAUCUUUCAGCUGUACGCACCAAAAGAAUUCACCAUGAAGAAAUAAAAGCCUGUUCUAAAGGCUAUAUCAGCUUUAAAAUUUAAAGUGUAUCUGCUUGCUCAUGAACACCUUCCUAGCUGAACAAAACAAACACCUGCACUUGUCUAUAUUAAUUGUCCAUUUGAUAUACACAAAUAAAUGCAUGCACAGUACAACAGGAUAUCUGCAUUAAAAAAAUCCCUUAAAUGUGUGAGAUUAUCUGAGAUUACUUCUGCCUCAGAUGUAGCUAUUCUUAACAGCAUAAUUCAUGAGUAUGUUACACAUUCUCAUGUACACAAUAAUCCCAAGAGUGGCCAAAACACAGAUGCUCUGUAAAAGUCAUUCCACAAACUAAUGCCUUCUACCUAAACAUUUUUGUGAGAAAAAAACUCCAAUUCACCUGUGAAUCGAGACUUGCAGGGUCAUUCAUAAGCCCAUGCACAGUGAGACACACCGCUUAUGUUCAAUGUUUUUAUUCUGUCAAAAAUAGAAUUUGUCUGCAAUCUCUCCACUGCCACUUCCCUGAUGUCCUGCAUAUUGUCAUCCUCAGAGCUGAAACAAUGUUCUGAAAUAUCUCAAGUCCUUCAAAUUAAGGUAAUUGUAAUGAUUUCUCAAUCUAAAAAGCUGCAACACACCUGAUCAGUCAGGUUACAAUUUAGUUUUCCUAUCUGAACAUGGUAUGAAGUUGGAGCAAUAAUAGUUUCUUCCUGAAUUCUCAGUGCACUGCCAAGAUUAGUAUCCAGAUGAAGCUGAAAUAGUUGUCUGGAUUACACUGAAAUAGUUGUCUGGAUUACACUGAAUGUAAUGGCCCACCAAAAUUAGUGCUUGUCUUACAUUGAUUUAGCAUCUGGAUGACAGUAAAUUUAAGUGGAACUUGAUUUCUGCCUUCAGGAAAAAGGGACUGCUUCCCAACAGAGCACCUGUGUCAAACAGUGAAGCAUGGGGAUUCUCUUUGAUUCCAGUCUGCCAAUAACAAAAUAUUGUUUCAUAUUCCAAUAACAAAAAUAUUGUUUCCAUAAUGAGUUGUACAUUGUGUCCUUUGUUAUCAGCCUCACUUCUGACCACAACAAUAUUUACAUCACUGACCUUCAUAUUUCAUUGCUGCAACUCAUCCUCAGGGACAAAGCUCCAUGUUAUAAAAACUCAGGCAGUUGUACAACACAGCAGCCCUAUGUAUUUAGCAACAGGUCAUGGUGAUAUGUUUGCCCUGGAGUUCAGCUGGCUAUGCGCUCAAUGCAGAGUUUGAUUUCAAAGUCUGUCCUGAUAAUCAAAGCUUUCUGUGAAACAGGAUUUAAGCACCUUAGUGACAUGAUACCUGUCUAAAUUCUUCUACAGCUGUAAAAUCCUUGGUAAAUGAGGGAGGUUUCCAGGGCAGGGACAACAGAACUUUUUCAGACACAGGACUUAAACUUUGUAGUUUGCUCCCACAGCAUAUAGAACAAGGUUUAUAAAUAAAAGCUAUUUUGAUCUGUCUCUUCCCAAGAUCCUUACAUGUAUGCACAAGUAUACAUAUAAUCACACACGCUCAUCUGCACGCACACUCAAACAUGAAGCUUCAUCUCCAAAAAGCUGAGGAGGAAAAGAGAUGCUUAUUUUAAAGACAUCGGAUACUUUGGUAAUAGAGGAAAAAAUUUUUGCUCUUAAGAACCUAAUUAUGUGUUCUCUUUAGUCUCGAUGCACUGAAGUUCAUUGUUUCUCAAGCCUGAAGGUACACCAUUAUGUAAUGUAUUAACUUGGCUUUAAAAAUGUAGUUUGUCAUUUUAUGACACCUGGAGAGCAAUUUCCACACCUCAACAAUAAACAAUUUUCUUACCACUUAAAUAUCUGUGUAACUAGGAGUCUUAUUUUGUGUCCCAGUUAGAGUCUCCAUGAGUUAGAGUUCCAUGCUGCAGAAUCUCAAGUCUGCUUUUCUAAGGAAACUAUGUAAGUGGUUG